CCCCUGCCCACAUCUCUCUGCCCACACCCCCUGCCCACACCCCCACAUCACACCAACCUCUCCUUCUGUCAUUGUAUCUCCUGCAUCUGACUCUGACCUUCCUGCCUUCCUCUUAAAGCAUCCUUAUGAUUAUAUUUGGUUCACCUUGAUAACCCUGGAAUAUCUCCCCAUCUCAGGGUCUUAAAGUUAAAUCUCAUCUGCAAAAUCCCCUUUUGCCAUUUAAGGUAACAUAUUCACAGUUCCAGGGAUUAAGAUGUGGUUAUUCUUGAGGGCCAUUGUUCUGUCUACCACAGAUAAUGAUUUCCACUUCACAGAAAUCUAAUAGGAAUUUUUAAAAGAUACAUAUUCUUGUCAUAUGCCUUUAUGGACUUUAGAACAUUUCCUAUAUAAUAGAAAUUAGAGACCACUUCGAGAUGAGAUUCUACUUAAUACACUUUGGAUUUUAUACAGUAAAACUUUAUAUUUCCUUUACAUAAAUUUCUACAUAUAAUAUUGGAAAAGCCUAGAAAGUACUACGGGUAAUAUACCGCUUCUUUUUUGAAGAAACUCUUUACUAAUUUUUUGUCAAGUCUUUAUCACUAUCUUACAAAGUGAGUAUUUUAGGUAUAUAUCAUUAUACUUCAUGAAUUUUUUAAAAGCACGAGAAAAAGUGACUACAUAUAAGGCCACACAGCAAAUCAGAGAAUAGGCACAGCUAGUGGUUAGAGUUUCCAGUUGGAAAUUUGGAUUCAUUAUCUUUUCUGCCUGACAACUGUAUGUCCAUAUAUGAAGACUGUUACCAAGUCUUGGAAAGAUUAAAGCAUGUUUGAAUAGCUCCACAGCCCCAGCUUCACAAAAACUAAAAAGUAACAAAGAAGUUCCAUGAGGUUUUAGUCUGUAGGAAGUAGGCAGCUUAUAUGGUUACUGGAACUUAUCUGCUAUCUUGCUCAAUUAUGCUGUCAAAGGUGCUAUUAUUUCCUGUGUUUAAACUUUUCCAUAAAGUUAUUCAGAGGCCUUAUGCCACCCACUCCCAUGGCAUGUGCUGUCGGACAGCUAGAGCUCUUCUUAACCAAGCAAUGAAAAUGGCAAUUACCAAAAAUCAAGUAUUGCCAAAAGGGACGGUUCUUUCUGGAGGUCAAGACUGGGUCUCCUCCCUCCUCCCACUUUACCAAUGCCUGAUCUCACAGGAUUAAUUCUGAGCACAACACCAUGGCAUCAUCGACCUCCCUCCCAGCUCCUCGCUCCCAAUCCAAGAAGCCUCUGGGUAAGAUGACCGACUGGCUCAGGCAGGCCCUGCUGAAGCAGCCCAAGAAGAUGCCUGACUCUGCUGAAAGCUCCCCCACUGACACUUUGCAACCCACCUCACAGGACAGCCCCCCACCACUGGGCCUCAGUUCUGUCACAUCUCCCAGCACGCCUCUGACACUUGUGGGUGACAGCAGCAGUGGCCGCUGGAGCAAAGACUAUGAUGUUUGCGUGUGCCACAGUGAGGAGGACCUGGUGGCUGCCCAGGAACUGGUCUCCUACCUGGAGGGCAGCACUGCCAGCCUGCGUUGCUUCCUGCAGCUUCGGGAUGCAACGCCAGGCAGUGCCAUUGCGUCCGAGCUGUGCCAGGCACUGAGCAGUAGUCACUGUCGUGUGCUGCUCAUCACGCCAGGCUUCCUUCAGGACCCCUGGUGCAAGUACCAGAUGCUACAGGCCCUGACUGAGGCUCCUGGGGCAGAGGGCCGCACCAUCCCCCUGCUGUCGGGCCUGAGCAGAGCUGCCUAUCCUCCUGAGCUCCGAUUCAUGUACUACGUGGAUGGCAGGGGCCCCGCCGGUGGCUUUCACCAAGUCAAGGAAGCUGUCAUGCGUUAUCUGCAGACACUCAGUUGACACUUCUUGUGUCAUCACGGGACCCAGAAAGUUGGAAGAAAGCUGGAAAUAUAGGCCCAUGCAGGGCCCUGGGUUCCAGGAGUCUGACAGGUGUAAGGAGUCUGGACGUGUCCGUCAGGCUCCCAUUACUGUGAGCUCCUCGGGAAGGCUGUGGGGAUGUCAGGGACUCCCCCAGGAAAGCCAUGAAGAAGCUGGGGACUCCCCAGGAAGGCCAUGAAAAAGCUGGGGACUCCCCAGGAAGCCCAAGAGGAAGCCAGAAGUUGAAGGUGGGGUUGCUACCAGGAUGGCCAGCAGCGUUUUGCCUCUUGCCUAAUUGGACAGGAAGACUGGCAUGCACCUAUGUUUUCUUGCCCUAAAAUUGGGCACUAGUAUACACAGGUGUCCCUUCUACCUAGGUGACUCACCUGACUAAUAAACAAGCAGCCUGGACUGCAGGCCUCAACAUGGACGGCUCUCCCGGCUGCCUGGGGAAGCCCUGAACAGGCGCCAGGAGAAGGCAGCAGGCACCGAGUCCUUCACACCCCCACUGCUGCCGCCCCUUCCCGGGGCGCCCAUCUGCCUCACACCGCUGCAUGAAAGAUGCACUCAGCACUGCUAGUGUUUUAUUUAUUGCAUAAGUGUCACUAAAGACACAACCUAGAAUCCAUUCUGUAUAUACAAGGAUGGGGAGGGAGCAGGUGGGGUUGAGAGAAGGGAAGCCAGGGCACAGGGCCCAGCCCCUUCACUAGGGACCCAAAGCCUACCGAGCUGUGACACCUGGGGCAUGACCAGGGCUGGCAAGAGCUGAGGCUUCCACAGGAGCAGCAGUGCUCACCUUCAGACAGCAGCAGUCAGCAGGGAUCAGCAUCUUCCUGCUGGCGGGUGACUGUUCCUUAGAGGACAGGCAAGGCCUCACUGGUCUGUUCUCAGUGAGUU